AUGUACUGGCUGCGGCUCAUCCUGCCUCCUUCGCUCCUCCUGUCAUAUGGUGUUGUCAUAGUUAAAGAGGAUGGUAAAGUCCCAGGUCGGGAAGUACCAGUGGACGGUUUCUUUUCAUACUUGUCAUCAUCACUCUUCAUCGCUUGGAGGGGGUCUCCCCAUCCUCAAGCUGUUUCAGGUGGGAGGACGGAGGCUGUUAGGCUGGCUGCCAGAAGUUCAGGGGCUGGGUUGGCGAGCCAUCUCAGGGGUAUCAAGAGAGUCCCUGGUAUAGUCAGCAAUUCCAGGGGCUUGGGGGGCAGAAUUGGAGGAGGGGGACUGGCAGAAGAAGUCUUCUGGGAGGUCCUCAUCCUCAUGGUUGGGGGGCGGUCCUGGUCGGGGAGAGCAUUGUCUUUCCGUUUCUUCUUUACCAUUCCCUGGAUGUGUGCCGCUAGGCCCGGCUUCUGGAGGCUGGUAGAUCGUUCGUCAGGAUUCUGGGAUGUCAUAUAG